AUGACUACUAGUGAGGGGUUGCGGCGCGACCCUUACGACGAGGCGGAAAACACGGUCCGGCGUAAUAUCCGUAAGCUUAUUGUGCUGCAAUCACAAGUGCUUGAGGAGCUGAGGACUCUUCCACCAAAUACGAGUAUCUCGUCAACGUCCAAGGGAGCUGAGCUGUUGAACGUCUGCACCGGCGUCGAGAACGACAUCGGGGAGUUACAGAAGGUUAUCGAUACUAUAAAAGCUAAUAAGGACAAGUACCGUAUUCCACCAAAGGUUCUUGCUGCACGCCAAUCAACUAUCGACGAGUUCCGCUCUAAGAUCAAGGGUGUACACGAUCGCAACCAAGUAGCUACGCAUUCCUCGACGAGCGCAUCUAGGCAGUUUGGAAGCAAUCUAGCACAGCAUCAGCUGCAGACUCAAAAGGACCUUUUGGAACAGCAGGAUGCUCAUAUCACAGUUCUCUCUACUUCUGCACAAAAUUUACACGCCAAUGCGCGUGCGAUUAAUGUGGAAGUGUCGAGCCAGAAUGCUUUGCUGCGUAGCGUAGAUGCUGGAUUUGAGGAAACGCAGCUUCGUCUGAACGCUCUAAGCAAACGUAUGGCUGUGUUUUUGGAUACAAACAACCCGUCACUGCUGAAGCUGGUGAUGACCCUGUUGAUGAUCGCUAUUUUUCUUCUUCUGGUGAUCAUCGUGUUCUAG